CGGCCAUUGAAGCGCCACGAAGUCUUCUUCUAUCGCUAAAAAUUCUUUACGAUUCCGAUUUGUUUGUUAUCUUCAAAUGUUACCCAGACGAGCUCAGAUUCGCGUUAAUCAAUCAUAUUUGUAUAUGCGUAGCUAUAAACACAGGAGAAAUCGCGGAUCUCAAUUUCAGGUGUUUGCGAUUCCGAUUUAGGUUUGAAAAAAUUAGCCGAUGGUGGAUCAUUACCAAGUUCUAGGCGUUACGAGAAACGCGAUUAAGAAGGAGGUUAAGGAUGCGUUUCGGAGAUUGGCGAUAAAGUAUCAUCCGGAUAAGCACGCGCAGUCUCCGGAUCACGUUCGGAGAAACGCCACCGUGCGGUUUAAGCUUGUCUCGGAGGCGUACGAAGUUUUGAACGACGAUCUGAAACGCGCUUCUUAUAACGCUGUCAGCGAUUCCGAUAGCUUUCGCCGUACGAGCAGUGGUUCCUAUAGUAGUAAUCCGUAUGGCAAUCGUGGUGGUAGAGCGUAUGGCUACGGUUAUGGUUACUCCGGGAAGACUCGUCAGUCCUCUAGUUUCAGGAGCGGGUUUGAUUCGACGUUUCGGUACUUGACUACUCGCGCGUUUCUACUUAAUCUCGCAUUAGCUGGUGGUUUGUACUUUGCAUUUACUGCAAUCGAUACAAGCGGAGAAACACUAUGGAAAAUGCGUAACUCUGGGAAAUCAUUUGAAGAGGCAAUAGAAUCAAUCGAGAAAUCAAAGACACAUAAGGAUGAAGGGUGAAAAAGAGGACUCAAAGUUACUACUUUGACUUCGAUUUUUAAUUCUGUGAGCUUGAUGGGUUUGUGUGGCCGGUGUGGGUCAUUUGUUAGCCACUUUUCAAGAUUUCACUUUCUUAGGAUAAGCACUAUUUACCUUGUUGGGAUGGAAAUCUCUUUCCUUGGGCAUGAAGACGGAAUGCGGCACUGUAUUCUUCACUCGGACAUAUGAUAUAAUUGUGCUAGUCUAUGGACUGUGGUAUAUCGUAAGUGUUAUCNUUUUUUUUUUUUUUUUUUUUGUAACAAAUAUUUAUAUCUCUCCAGAUAUCAAUCGUUUAAUAUGAGAAGUCCUACUA